GUGGAAUGGCAGUUGGUGUAAUUUCGCAUCGCUACUGGAGAAGGGAAAAAUGAAGUGGAAGAAGCUCCUUUGUGUAAUUUUCUUUCCCGCCAUCGGAUCCGUCAAAUCGUAAAGAAAACCCAUCCUUUCCUUUCGGGUUUCUGAACCAAUCAUGGAAAUCAAACUCCAUUUCCUCUAGUUUUCCAGCGGAAAGAGAAGAAAUUUUAGGUUCAUCUACAAUGUCUUCGUUGAGCAAUAGACACCAUACCCUCAUUCAAGCUCUACUGUCACGCGGCCCGCUCAAGGAGCAGGAGUUCUAUUCCAUCUUUUCCGGUGUUACUGGAAAAACCCCCACUGGUACUCAUCGGCAGCUGUUUAAUGAGUUCCUUCUCAAGAUAAACAAGGAACUUUCGUUUGUUCAAUUUGAGUUGCGGGCUUGCAGAAACCAAUAUGAUGGCAAUAUUUACUAUGGUGUAGUGAAUAAUGUUGCAGAUGAGCAAUCCAAGCUUGGAACCAAAUAUACAAUUCCUCAAAUUGCUUAUUACAAAGCAAUUAUAGAAGCCAUUACCCAAGAUGCCACAGCUAAGGGUAGCAUAUCCAAUAUUGAUGCUCUCAAUAUACGGUUGGAAAAUCAGGUUCCAAUUGGAGCAGGGUCCCAAUCACAAGAUGCUCCUGCUCAACUUCCUCCGGCAUUCAAGAACUUUUCAAUGUCUCAGAAGGAGAAAACUCUUGAGGAACUCGUGCAGGAUCGUUGGCUCUGUUCAACCUCAGAUGGCAACAUUGGGCUUGGUCUUAGAUCCUUUCUUGAUCUGCGUGGUUGGUUCCAAAAUAAUGAUAUUCCUGCAUGUGAAGUCUGCAAUGAGGCUGGUAUUAAGGCGGAGUUGUGUGAGAAUGAAGGUUGUACUGUUCGAAUGCACGGGUAUUGUGUAAAAAGGAAGUUUUCCCGAGUGAAGGCUGAAAGGGUUUGUCCAGUUUGUGGCACUCCAUGGGUGCAUUCCGUAUCCAAAGUAGAAGCUUUGGAUGAAGAUGAUGAGCCAAAUGGAUCCUCUCAGGACCAGCUUCCUCCUGGACCUGCUACGAGAAAGAGGGUUAGAACCUGCAGAAAUAUUGAUUCCAGUGCUCUUGGAUCUAGUUCCUCUCAAGCUCCAGACCCAGCCCCAGCCCCAGAUACAAGGAGAAUGACGAGAAGUUCUGCCCGCCUGAGAUAAAAUAUGUUUAGGCUUUGCACUUUUAGUGGGGGAACUUGUCAGAACUAUCCUGUUUACUCUGUUCCUAGAGAUUACCACCGUUGUAGUGGUUGUAUAUCAUUUCGUUAAUGGUUAUUAUAACUAGAAGAUGAGCACAAUUGUGCAGCUGUGUAAAUGGUUGGCAGUUGCAGGUUGUUGGCUAAAAGGGAUUUUUGGGUUAAAAGAGGGGGGUGGGGGGGUGGGGGGGCGGGCGGCAUUAGAAACUGCUAUUAUGAAGGUGUGAUGGUGGUAUUGGCUAUUGGCCACAUUUUCUCUAGCUAGUUAGUCGCAGCAGGAUGUUCAGUUCUAUUGCCUACUUUUGAGAUGGGCACUCAAUUCACUGUUGUUGAUAUUGGUGGCCUCUUCACCUGUCGCUUCAGGUGCAGGUGGAAUUAUAUAUAUAUAUAUAUAUUUGCAUUAAUCCUACCCGUGGUGCCUCUCGAUGUAACUCCUUGUUCUCCUUGUAAUGAAUUCGUCGUAUUCUAUUGCAACCAUUUGGCAUUCUUGGAUUUGUC